AUGCCGACAGCAGCUGAAGCCAUUGCAGAACCCACGCUUUAUGGUGUAAUGAUCACACAGACGGCCUAUUACUACACCACCUACAGCAUGGAUCCGCGUUGGAUGAAGAUCUACGUAGCAGUUCUCUUUGUGGCGGACACGUUGAAUUCCGUAUUCAACAUGGCAUGGAUCUACGGUGUCCUCAUAAACAAUUUCGGUAAUGCAAGUGCGCUUGGUAUCGGAAAUUGGCUAUUUGAGACCGAGCAAGCUUUAACGGGAAUCAUCGCGAUGCAAGUCCAGCUGUUCUACGCCUGGCGUAUCUACAAGCUCACCGGUCAAUUGUGGCUUGUGGCGACGGUAGCGGUUCCUUCUGUCAUUGGAGGUCUGUCCGGCGUAGGCACAGCCAUAGGUGUCGGAAUAUUACCGCAAUUCUCUGGGCUUCAGCGAUUGAAGGUCGUCGUUAUUCUCUGGCUCAUGGGAGCCGUCGUGUGCGAUAUGAUCAUCACGACCGUACUGACAUGGUACUUGCGCAAAAACCGCACUGCGUACACACGUACGAAGGGGCUGAUAUCGCGUAUGCUGCAACUGAUUGUCUCUAAUGGUUUGCUGACGGCGGCCUUCGCUGCUGCUGAUGUUGUUGCGUAUCUCGCUACGACGAAUAGUUAUCAUCUCAUCUUCAAUUUUCCUCUGUGCAAACUUUAUGGAAAUACUGUUAUGUCAACUCUGAACGCACGUUCUAUGCUCGCUCCCGCGUCGAGUACUGCGCAGUAUCAGGGCGACGGACAUGUGUCAUUUGAUGGUAACACCCCAUGGCGACAGAGUUCGGACACUCCGAGUAAAUCUUCUCAAGGCAACGCCGGAGAUAACACAACUUCUCGUCCUGCACAGAUUAUGGUCAACGUCGAAACACAUGAAAUGAUAGAUAUACCACGACAAGCGAUGAUGAAAGACGGGAGUUGGUCAGACAGGGACAUCGAGGGCGAACUUAAGAGUGGCGGUGUCAUAUAG